CUUGGUGUAGUUUGACAUUCAAAUAAUCCUUGAGAGUUUUCAUUUUUUUAAUUUUAAAAACUACUUCCUUUAGUGCAUAUAUGAUAAUUUACGAGAUUUUUCGCCUUCGCUUACAGCCGCUAUUUUUUUAAUAACUUUCUUCGCUGGCUUUGCGCAACUGCUAAGAAUAAAUCAGUUCGUAUUUUGGCUUAUCUGAGAUCAUAAACAGGCGCUUUAUUUUGCUUCUUUGCCUGAUAAGCGCGGGAAAACCGUGAAGAUAUUUGAACAGUAUUAGAUUCGAAGAGCUGUCGCCAUGCUUAAGUGUACAAUAGGAACCGCAUCGAAAAAGAGUGCUGAGAAUGGAACAGGGUGGAACCCUCCCAUCGUGUGGAAUAAAAAAGUUCCAAACACAGAAAUAAAUAAAUUCAAGAAAAUUAUCGAGGAGAAGUAUAACCUCCAUUUUGAUUCUUAUUGGGAUUUCCAUAAAUGGUCUAUAGAACAUUAUGACAAUUUCUGGGAGGAAGUAUGGAAUUAUUUUGGCGUCAUCACAUCCAAACCUUAUGAGAAGGUGGUAGUGAAAACCGGCGAUGGAUUUUUAGAUUACGAUUGGUUCCCUGGUGCAGCUUUCAACUAUGCUGAAAACAUUCUGAGGAUAAGGGAUGACAGAGUUGCUCUUAUUUACCUGGAUGAGACCGGGUACGAAGAGACAGUCACCUUUGCUGAGAUGUUCGAGGAGGUUAAGUUGUACUCAGCGGCAUUCCGAAAACAGGGUUUAAAAAUAGGAGACACUGUAGCCGGUUACAUGUCAAAUAGAAAAGAAGCGAUCUUCGCCAUGCUGGCGACCACAAGCAUCGGUGCUAUUUGGAGUGGACCACAGCCCUACUAUGGAGCUCGAGCUGCUGCAAACAUAAUUAGAAAAAUGGAAGCCAAAUUCUUAAUCACUAUAGAUCACCAUCAAGAUAACGGCAAAGACUACAACCUCAUGGAUAAUCUUCCGAUCAUAGCAAACAGUUGCCCAACUUUACAGAAGAUUAUUAUUAUACCCACCAAAGAUGAAACGCUAACCAGAGGAAUUUUACAAAUACGAAAUGGUUGCUCCUUAGAAGAAUUUCUUCAGAGUGGAAGGAAUCCAGAUGGUUCCGUUCCAGACAUAGUAUUCGAACAGCUUCCCUCCAGUCAUCCAGUCUGCAUUAAUUUUACUUCAGGCACUACCGGUUUACCAAAGGGACCAGUACAUUCAGCCGUGACGCUUAUUGCCUGCUAUGCAACAGCUGCUUUCCACGACAAUCUGAAAAGCGAUGAUGUCGUCUUAAAUCUGUUUCCGGUGGGAUGGAGUCUAUGGGAUGGUCUUAUUCCUUCUUUGGGAAUGGGAAUCAAGAUAGUUCUGUACUGUGGUAGCUGCUACUUCAAAUGGAAUGGAGCAAAUAUAUGGGAUAUUAUUGCCAAGUAUAAAGUCUCCAUCACUUAUAUAGUACCCAGCGUCCUUGACAAAUUGGAAAAACUUCAGGUUGUGCCAAGUCCAACUUCAAACUUAGAAAAUUUUAGGACUUUAAUGAUGUGUGGAUGUCCUGCAAAAAUUCAUAAUUUUCAGUACAUUCACAACAUGGUUAAGAAAGAUCUGUUCAUUGCUAGUCAAUAUGGAGCAACUGAAGCUUUUGCAUGUUUCUCUGGAUUCGAUUUAAACAUGCCAUAUUAUGCUGGAGAAGUUCAGGCUUUUGGACUUGGUAUGGACGUUCGCUGUGUAGAUAAAAACGGACGUGAUGUUGUCGGUGAGAGGGGUGAAAUUGUUAUAGGCACUCCUAAUCCAUCCUUUCUAAUAAAUUUGUGGAAAGAUGUAGACAACAAAAUAGUGAACGCGACCUAUUUUAGCAAAUAUCCAGGAAUCUGGUGGCAGGGUGAUGAAGGAUGGAUUAAUCCAGCUACAAAAGGACUUAUAGUGUGUGGAAGAAGUGAUGACGCUCUGAUACAAAAUGGAGAAAAAUUUGGGGCUGCAGAUGUGUAUUUUGCUAUCCACGAUAUAGAAGAAAUUAUGGACUACAUUUGUGUGAACCAGAGUAAAAAAAAUGGACAAUGCAGAGCUGUUCUGUUCGUUAAGUUGAAAAAAGGUUACAAAUUCACUCCCGAACUUCAUGAAAAAAUCGCCAGUACCAUCAGCAGAGAACUAUUUCAAGACUAUGUUCCUGAAGCCAUUUUAGAAGUACCAGAUAUUCCUUACAAUGUAAAUAAUAAAAGAAUGGAAAGUCUUGUUCGACAGAUCGUGGCAACCAACCAGCUUCCUGAAGUGAAUAACAUCAGAAACCCGGAUUCUUUAAAACAUUUUAUCGACAUACCUGAAAUACUAGAAUACGACGUGCUGUGAAAAAUUUGGGAAUUGGGGUGUUUCUCCUGUGAACGCUGGAACAAUCUGAAGAGAAACCAGAAAUGCAGAAUAGGGUAUAAUUGGACUGGAAAGAGAUGUACUUCAGAGCAAGAACUUUGAUUUUUUUUUCUUUGAAUAUACAAAAGCAUACUUCUGCCAACAUUAGCUGGGAACGAGCUAAAGUCUCAUUUACUUUUAUUCCAAAUUAUAGUUUAAUUGUGAUAUAACAAAUAUUUCAUGCACUGUUAUUUAUUUUUAAAUUAAACUUUACCUGUUAAUAAAUUUAA